UUGUUUUGUGUUCGAUCUGUUUUACCUCCCUUAUUAUACGUAUAUAAUCCUUUUUAUGUAUUUAUUUAAACCAUGAUUAAAUAUUUCAUCUGAAAAUACAUUAAUAUUGUUAUAGGAUCGAAUUUUGGUUUAAGCCUGUAAUCUUGAACCAGAACGAAAUCGAGAAUCUAAAAUCCCAUUAUAUCAUUCUGAAACUUAAACUUAUCAAAACACAAAAUCAAUCCUUGCACGAAGCUAGGAUCGAACACACGAACUUGAUCCUUGCAGACGAACUGCGAAUUUUAUUCAAGUAAUAAUGAUUCAGUCUUCCAAACGUCAGUUUGAAGUUAUUAAUGUUGUUGAAUACAACGAUAUGAGUAACAGAUGUGCCACUAACGGUACACCUCCUCAUUUUAAAAAGACUUUUCAUUUUUGAGAUAAACGGAAUGUAUUUUUUAGGGACAUGUUCUCUGUAAAACAUUUCGAACUUCAAACACGAAGUGUCGAUCAACUUAUUACGAGAAUAUGGACCAGGUAUUUCUUUCUUUUCUACAAUCAACAUAUUUUAUCUCCCUUUCUCUUCAGGUCUUGAAAGUGCAACGACAAAUGAACCAACAACAUUUACGAUUCCAACCAAAGGUGCUGGCCCGGGUAGUCUUGAUUUGUCUGUCGAAGAACCAAAAGCCAAAACGAUCUGUCCAGAUAAUCAAGACGGUACAUGUGUUAUGGAAUAUGUUCCUGUAUAUAUAUUUCUUGGCAGUUUUUUCUUAUUAUUAACUGUAUUAGCCUAUCAAUUCUUUGUAUCGUGGCGUUCAAAGGGCGGUUCAAGUAGACAAAUAGCAAAUACCGCACAAACAACAAAUCAGACAAGAGGAAACUAUGAUUUAGAUUGA